AUGUCUAUCAUGAACUCGUUCGUGAACGACAUCUUUGAACGUAUCGCCGCCGAAGCGUCCCGUCUCGCCCAUUAUAACAAGAGGUCCACUUUCACAUCUAGGGAGGUGCAGACUUCCGUGAAGCUUCUGCUGCCAGGCGAACUCGCCAAGCACGCCGUCAGCGAGGGCACCAAAGCUGUCACCAAGUACACCAACUCCAAGUGA